CGGUGCGCGGGAGGCAGCCUGAGAUGGCAGAUGAGAUCUUCAAGGCUCAGGUCGUCCGGCCUGGUGGCGACACGAUCUUCGGGAAGAUCAUCCGCAAGGAAAUCCCAGCCAAAAUCAUUUUCGAGGAUGACCAGUGUCUUGCUUUCCAUGACAUUUCCCCUCAAGCACCAACACAUUUUCUGGUGAUACCUGAGAAACAUAUAUCCCAGAUUUCUGCAGCAGAGGAUGCUGAUGAAAGUCUUCUUGGACAUUUAAUGAUUGUUGGCAAGAAAUGUGCUGCUGACCUGGGCCUAAAGAAGGGUUACCGAAUGGUGGUGAAUGAGGGCUCCGAUGGCGGACAGUCUGUCUAUCAUGUUCAUCUUCAUGUUCUUGGGGGUCGGCAGAUGAACUGGCCCCCUGGUUAAGCAUGUGUUAGGGCCAAUUGUUCCUUUUCCAGGCAGUGAUAAAGUUUGCAGUCCAAUGUCAAACAGCAUACUUUUGCCUAUGUAUACAGAUUGAGGAAAUACUGGAGAAAAAUAAAAACAUACAUAAUAAAAGACA